AUGAAGCUGGUGAACGGGGGAGGAGGAGGAGGAGGUGGCGGGGGAGGUGGAGGUGGAGGUGGAGGAGGUGCAGGAGUGGGAGGAGGGGGAGAGAAGACUGCCUUUUCCUUUAAGAAGUGCUCAGCUUUCCAGUUUGUCAAGAGAAAGGUACGAAGAUGGAUGAGGAACCCCAAGGUGAGCGUGGAGAAGGCCCAAGGCAAAGGCCUGCUUUACCCCUGUCCCAAGUGUCCGCUGGCCGAGGACCUGUGGUACACGCACUUCCCCUCGCCUUACGGCUGCUGCCACUACAGCGGCCUGCAGGGCGGCCAGUACUACCACCAGGAGCCGUGCUCGCCGUGCCCUGCCGGUGGGCAAACCGGCGGCCAUGACAAGAGCAAGGGCUGCAAGGUCAGGAAGUGGAAGAUGCUGGCUCGCCACCAUGGCGACGGCACAGGCAAGCAGAAGGAAGCGGAGUCGGACGUUCACCUGGGCGGUUGUCAGUCCUGGGGGUUCCACGCCUCGCCCCUCCUGGCCAGCCCUGUCAUGCUGGAGUGCUCCAUCUGCAGCGGGCCCUACAUCAGCUACGCCCUGGAGGAUACAUGGCAGCCACGUCAACGCACACAGGCCAUGGACCUGUACUACCACAAUGAGUCAGACCCAGACAGCUACUGUUGCCCUGGCGACAACACUUUUAUGAAACAGAGGAGGAUGGGGCUGAACGACUUCAUUCAGAGGCUCGCCACAAACUCCUACGCCUGCAAGCACCCCGAAGUUCAGUCUAUUCUGAACUUGAGUCCUCCUCAGGAUGCUGAGCUCAUGAACGCCAACCCUUCUCCUCCUCCCAGUCCAUCCCAGCAGAUCAACCUGGGCCCAUCCUCCAACCCCUCGGCCAAGCCCAGCGACUUCCACUUCCUCAAGGUGAUCGGCAAGGGCAGCUUCGGCAAGGUGCUGCUGGCACGCCAUCGCGCAGACGACCAGUUCUACGCUGUCAAAGUUCUACAGAAAAAGGCCAUCCUCAAGAAGAAGGAGGAGAAACACAUCAUGUCAGAGAGGAAUGUGCUGCUAAAGAACGUCAAGCACCCGUUCUUGGUGGGCCUGCACUACUCUUUCCAAACCGCGGACAAACUCUACUUCAUUUUGGACUACAUCAACGGAGGAGAGUUGUUCUACCACCUACAGAGAGAGCGCUGCUUCCUCGAGCCCAGAGCCAGGUUCUACGCAGCAGAGAUCGCCAGCGCACUGGGCUACCUCCACUCCCUCAACAUCGUCUACAGAGACCUGAAGCCAGAGAACAUCCUGCUGGACUCGCAGGGACACAUCAUCCUAACGGAUUUCGGCCUGUGCAAGGAGAACAUUGAGCCCAAUGGGACCACGUCGACCUUCUGCGGCACGCCAGAGUAUUUAGCUCCUGAGGUUCUACACAAGCAGCCAUAUGACAGGACGGUAGACUGGUGGUGCUUAGGAGCUGUUCUCUAUGAGAUGCUCUAUGGCCUGCCCCCGUUCUACAGCCGCAACACAGCGGAGAUGUACGACAACAUCCUGAACAAGCCGCUGCAGCUGAAGCCCAACAUUUCCAACGCAGCCAGACACCUGCUGGAGGGCCUCCUGCAGAAGGACCGAACCAAGCGGCUGGGCUGCGCAGAGGACUUUAUUGAAAUCAAGAACCACAUAUUCUUCUCCCCCAUCAACUGGGAUGACCUCAAUGCCAAGAAGAUCACCCCUCCAUUCAACCCCAACGUGACGGGACCCAACGACCUGCGGCACUUUGAUCCAGAGUUCACAGAUGAGCCGGUGCCCAGCUCCAUCGGCUGUUCCCCAGACAGCGCGCUCGUCACGGCCAGCAUCAAAGAGGCCGCAGAGGCCUUUGUGGGCUUCUCCUACGCCCCAUCUAUGGACUCCUACCUAUAGGAUUUAAACACAGGCACUAAAAUACAGACACUAGUUCAGACUUACGGGACAUAAACUGUGGCGUGUCCAUGGACUUGCAUCUUGACCCCACCUUACAUUUCCCAUAAGGAUGAUGGAUAUUUCUGAACCAACCCCUGCAACACCUCCGCAUCUGCAAAGAAUUUGUACACCUGCACUUGCCAUAAUCUCUCCAACUCUUGAAUGCAUACAAGUGGAUGUCUGGCAUUAUUAAAUGACUCACUGGGGUUGAAAUCCAACAUCUUACCCUGAUGUACCAACGCACAAAUUCUUCAUCCUUCUACGACAGACUUAAACGCUCUGCAGCUCUCCAGUUGCCCAUCUCUCACCUGAUAGUAGAGGUGCUUUGCACACAGCUCAGGCAGCUUAAAAGCCCACUUCUCUGAAGAGACACACACCAACUUCCACCUUUUCUCAAAAGAGGAAGGCUGGACCGUACUGUACCAGCCCUGAAAAGGAUUUCCAUCUUCACCUAUGUAGCGAAACAUCUUCCCUCUUAUGAGACAGCCUGUUGAGUCUGAACGAGUAGCUUGGGGGUGACAUUCAUUCCGGUGCUUUAGUAUCUUCUCAUUUGCGUUACGUGUGUUUUGAAAAGGGAGCCAUUUGAAGCUGAAUGUUACAGAGGGGGAAUGGUUCAUUUUUUCUCUCAAGUGUGCCUUUAUUUUUUUCUCUUCAUCAGAACUCACGUCUUUUGGGUUUGUCCGUGUCAACCUUAACGAAGUCACCACAGAGGAACGACGUAGCUCUGCGUUAAUACACCUGUUCUGUCUUUAACACGUAGGAACUCAAACGAUGUUUUGUAUCUUCAUUUGCACAUGAAACGAUAACGGUAAUGCUGGUAGAGAGAAAGAAGGGAGCACUGCUGCUAGGUGAGAAAGAGAGUGAUGUGUUUGUGUAGUUCUGCUUGCCAACUGUGUCCCCCUCACAUCGUCUUCCAUCCGCCUCACAGUAAAGUAACGGCGGCCUCCAACUGGGCCGACAACAUCCAAACUGAACAUUCCAUUUUAAUAUUGCUGUAACGCAGUUUGACGGUAUUUAAGUUUGUUUGUAUAUUUGAAGUCAUGUGUACUAGUUUUAAUGUAUAUUGAACAAAAAAUGACAAAAGGUAUGCUUAAAUAUGUAUAUGUAACAAUUCAUGUUAAAUGUACUGUAAAUUGUAAAAUUUAAGACUUAAGAUUUAUGUGACCAUGUUUGGUUUGCAAUAAAAGUUUAACUUUA